ACUCAAUUCUUCAAUACCCCUCUACUCAUCUACACAUACACUCAGCAAAUAUGUCCGGAGCUAUGGAAAAGAUCAAGGCUAAGGUCGAGAACGUCCUCCACAAGGACAAGACUCAUGAUGACCCCACCGGCCCUCAUUCCUCCCACUCUGCCAACAAGGCCGACCCUCGCGUCGACUCUGACCACAUUGGCUCGACUGGCAACCACGGCACUGCCGCUCACGGCACCCAUGGCACUACUGGCCUUACCGGCAGCAACACUCACUCUUCCGGCUUGACCGGUAACACCACCCACGGCUCGUCAGGUCUCACUGGCAACACUUACGGCUCGGACCCCACUGGGCCUCACGACUCCCAUCUCGCCAACAAGGCUGAUCCUCGUGUUGACUCGGAUCGUUAUGGCGCCGCCGGCAACACCACCGGUGCCCACUCUUCCGGUCUCACCGGUACUGGCCACUCUGGCUCCGGCCUGACUGGUGGCAACACCCACUCAUCUGGCUUGACUGGCAGCAACACCCACUCAUCUGGCUUGACUGGCAGCAACACCCACUCAUCUGGCUUGACUGGCAACACCCACUCUUCCGGCUUGACUGGCAACACCCACUCCUCCGGCUUGACUGGCAACACCCACUCUUCCGGCCUCACCGGCAGCAACACUCACUCUCACGGAACCACUGGCUCCGGUCUCACCGGCAGCAACUACGGCUCGGACCCUACUGGUCCUCACGACUCCAAGAUGGCCAACAAGCUCGACCCCCGCGUCGACUCAACUGUUCCGGGACCUCACGGCAACAGCGGUGGGGCUCGCCAUGGUGCGUACGGCUCGGACCCUACUGGUCCCCACGACUCCCACCUUGGCAACAAGGCUGACCCUCGUGUUGACUCGUCGACCACCGGCGGAUACGGCAACACUCACUCCACUGGCGGCUACGGUGCUGGCAGCAACACUCACUCUUCCGGUCUCACCGGCAGCAACACCCACUCUUCAGGCCUGACUGGUAACAACCACUCUUCCGGCUUGACUGGCAGUAACACUCACUCUUCCGGUCUUACUGGCUCCGGUCACGGUGUUGGCGGCCUCUCCAGCGGUCCCGGCCCUGCUGAGAACACUGCGGGACCCCACAAGAGCGACAUGCUCAACAAGGUCGACCCGCGCGUCGACAGCGAUCUCGAUGGCUCCAAGACGUACAUGGGCAACAAGACCAGCGGCAUCUAGAGACCACGAGCUGACGGGAAAGGAAGGAAGCGGCACUUAUGAUAUCCCCGCGGGUAAUAAAAUUUGGAACCUGCCACCAUGUAUUAUUAUGAUCAUGGGC